GGCGCGCGAGUAGGAAGUGGUGAGUCCCGGAGCGGAGAUGGCCGCGCUCGCCGGGCUGCCCCCGCUGCCGACCCCGUUUAAGAGCAUCCAGCAUCACCUGAGGACGGCUCAGGAGCAUGACAAGCGGGACCCUGUGGUGGCCUAUUACUGUCGUUUAUAUGCGAUGCAAACUGGAAUGAAGAUUGAUAGUAAAACUCCUGAAUGUCGUAAAUUUUUAUCAAAGCUAAUGGAUCAGUUAGAAGCUCUUAAGAAACAGCUGGGUGAUAAUGAAGCUAUUACUCAAGAAAUAGUUGGUUCUGCCCAUUUGGAGAAUUACGCUUUGAAAAUGUUUUUGUAUGCAGAUAAUGAAGAUCGUGCUGGGCGAUUUCACAAAAACAUGAUCAAGUCCUUCUAUACGGCAAGUCUUUUAAUAGAUGUCAUAACAGUGUUUGGAGAACUCACUGAGGAAAAUGUGAAACACAGGAAGUAUGCAAGGUGGAAGGCAACAUAUAUCCAUAAUUGUUUAAAGAAUGGAGAGACUCCUCAAGCAGGGCCUGUUGGAAUUGAAGAAGAUAAUGAUGUUGAAGAAAAUGAAGAUGCUGGAGCAACCUCUCUGCCCACUCCGCCACCUCAGCCCUCGUCUUCAGCUUACGACCCGGGCAGCAUGCCGCCAGGCAGCUAUGGUGGAGCACAGAUUCCUCCCGGGGCACACGCUCCAGCCAAUACGCCAGCAGAAGUGCCUCACAGCACAGGUGUAACAAGUAAUACUAUCCAACCUACUCCACAGACGAUUCCGGCCAUUGAUCCAGCCCUUUUCAGUACAAUUUCCCAGGGGGAUAUCCGUCUAACACCAGAGGACUUUGCUAGAGCUCAGAAAUACUGCAAGUAUGCUGGCAGUGCUUUGCAAUAUGAAGAUGUCAGCACUGCUGUGCAGAAUCUACAGAAGGCCCUCAAGUUACUGACUACAGGCAGAGAAUGAAGCCUUCGUACAAGACAUCCGUGCAUUUUUGGCCUAAAGAACUAACAGUGUCUUACUCUAUCUUCAGCCCAUCAGGAGCACAGUUUUAAGGAAGACUUCAGUUCCGCUGACUGUAACAGUGAAAUCUGUGUCUGCGCUCAGAUUCCUGUUGAAGCCUUCAGCAGCAGCCUCAGCCAGUUUUCGUUGUCCAUUUAGUGGAUCCAGUAAUCUCUGGGUAUACAGGGCUGAUGUUAGCAAGAUCCUAAAAAUUUAUGCCCAUUGAACCCUGCUUCAAAAAAUGAAAAUACAGUUCUAUAAAAUGUAUUGGGAAUAAGCUUUGUAUCUUAAUGUAAGUUAAGGAAUGUUUUUAAUCUAUAGUCUGGACAGACAGAUCAUAUGACUUUGCUAUAAAAUUCUAAAUUUAACUUUUAAUAAAAAGAUUGCCAGAAUAUUCGAGAUUAGAGAUCAUGUUUUUGUUUUCCUCAGCAUUUAUAAAACAAAUAUGAACAUCCUAAACUGUUAGGUGAAUGUGAAGUCAAAAUUCAAUUUAUAUUCAUGUUUUGAAUGUAACUACAUUAAAAGUUAAAAUUUUCAUGGAAGGAAAUAUAAUAAGGUAAAGAGAAUCACUUUUAGACGUAAGAAUAAUGUGGGUUUCCCACCUGCUUUCCCUUAUGCAUUGAAGCUUAAGGUGAAUUGGUAUUUGCUUCAUAGCAGUGUGACUGCAUGUAUUAGAAAAUGAGAAAAAGAUGUCUGUGGUAACGCCUGGACACUUGGUGCUUAGGUUAGGGUCUCCUCUGCUGCUGUAGGACGGGUUCCGUACGCGUGUAGCUAUGAAUGAUGCAGAAGAUGCUACGACUGUACGUUCUCAGUUGUUACGUUUCUAAGUUGUGUGGGGAAUUAUGGACUUAACUGUGUCACCUGCAUUGUGUUGUGUAAAAAAUAAAUACAAGGAUUCUUUUAACUAGUUCAAAUUAUUACAGAGCCAAAUGUCCGUUUUGAUUUGCAUGCUAGAAUUGGCAUUUUUAAGUCAUUAUUUUUAGUUACAGGAAUAUGUAUGUUUCUAUAGUAAGAGACAAACAAUUUUUUAAAAGAGAGAAAUUUGGCCAAUUUACCCAAAGUUUAUCUGGUCCCUUUCAUUCAUUCUACUAAAAUUAAAGUCCUUUAGCAUAGGAGUGAGCAAACCGGUCCAUGGGCUGAACAUGUUGUGUAAGUGAAGUUCUACGGAAACAAAACUGUACCCAUUUGUUUGUUCUGUGGUUGCUUUCCACAAUUGCAGAAUUGUAUGGCCUGCAAGUCUAAAAUAUUUACUGUUUGGCUCCCUAAGAAAAAGUGACCCCUGAUCUAAUAGUCUGUUUGAAAGAAAAUGAAUCAUUAACUCAUAA